AAUUUGUCUCUCUUUCCUCCGUUACCUGUAUUUGGGUCAUAUCAGUCUUUCCUGUUUUUAUUCCCUAUCGUUUUCUUCGUGAGAAUAUUUCUCCGGUUAGGAUAUUGAAAUUCAUAUUUACAUCUUUGCCCUGCCAUUCAGGUUGAGUCAACAUUGUCCAAAAUCGCUGCCGUAAACCUUGUUGUUGAAAAGAAAUCUGGGUGCUCCGCAUACUUUUGGAACCGGCAAGUACUGCUCUGACACUAGAAUUUUGUCAUGAAGGCCGUUCGAGGGGAAAGACUUACCACUUGCAUGGGACAAGUACUCGUAUUGGUGGGGGAAACCUGCGCACGCCAAGCCUGCAUGCGUCUUGUGCAUGAUAUCAUACCAGUACUCGAGUAUGGUACACUGCUCAGGUGUGACCAUAAGAAUCGGGGAUGUGAUCGUUCAGAUUUGCUGUUAUACCGAAAAGAUGACUGCAGAAAUUGGAAAAUAGGGAAUCUGGAUGACAAGAAUAACAGGAGCUUUAGACAACUUCGUUAUAGGAGCUUGCUACACUUAUGAAGGAUUCCCUUCAAGCAUUUGGGUCUCAUGGAAUAACAUGAGUGGAAGGAGAGAAGAUAACACGGGUGCUAGGAACCAGGUCUAGUUGCCUUGAGAUUUCAGACAACUAUAUCGUCUCGCUAAAAUAACCCGUACAGUACAUUGUAA